CCCUCGCUCGUCGCGGCGCCGCGGAGGCAGGGGCGGAAGGACUAAUUGGACGGCGCUGCACCGUGCUCGGAGGAGGAAGCGCCGCUUCCCGCCCCGCAGAGGCAGGUUUGCCUGGGUGAGUCGGGCCCGCUGGCCGCGGUAGCGGCUCCGGGGGCGGGGCCUCGGGCGGGGGCGGGGCUGCCCACUGCGCGCGUGCGCGCGGCCGCGCACCUCCCCCCGCCCUUCGCGCCGCCUCUUCUGGGCCGCGGCGAGGCGCGCGCUUCAAACCCGGGUGGGAGACUGCCAUCCAGAAUCUUCAUAAAUCACAGCAGACAGAUUUAUAGAGGUUGCCCUUCCCUGGAAGGAUGCAGAUUAGAUGAAAUAACAAAUGCAGUCGCACCUGAGCUCACUCUCCCACUCUUAGCGAUAUUCGAGGCCAUUGCCCCAUUGAAAACUAGAGGAUAGUUUGGGACAAAAGCGAGCAAGUAA